AUGUCGGGAACGAGCAGGAUGCAGUCUUUCAAGUUCCACGAUUUGACGCCUUUCCAGGGUAAGUCAGCUGCUGUGAAGCGGCCGCGAGAGAUCACAGAAUUCUCCUUCGACGACGACCAUGUCUGCUUUCCACUAGACUCCCGAAGCCUGCGAUACUACUUUCCACCAGAUAUCGAUGUUCCGUAUGUACGAGAUCGUCCGCGCAUCGAUCUUUCGGCCGGCUUCACAUCCUUUCGAAAGUACGAUGACGCCGCUGAUCUCGGCCUCAACCCUCUGCUCGAUACCAUUCAGCAGUAUGAAGAGCAAACGAAGACACAGCUGCAGGCUGAUGUCCUUACGUGGCGGGGCAUGAUGACGAAGAUUCUGGUGGCACCUUUCGACAUGUUCGGCGAGUUUAAGAUGCUUGCCACCUGCUUCGAAGGUACUAUCUACAUUGAGCAAGACAAGAUGAUCAAAGCUGUGGAGAACGAAAUCGCGAAUCGUCGUCACAACAAUGGUCGUCACAACAAUGCAUAUCCAGCAGAACAAAUGCAAUAUUGGGGCUACAAGUUCGAGACACUAGCCACGCUACCACGACCAUGGUCUGAGUGCAGCCGAGAAGAAAUCGAAAAUCGUGAAGCCGAGACUGUGAGCAACUAUGCCCAAUACUGCUCAGUCGUGCGGACUGGCAUAGGAAACCACAGUAUUGUCAUUGGCGGCGAAGUCGACGCUGUCAUUGGGUGCAAGCCAGACGAGCCGACAGAUCCAAUCCCAUACGUCGAACUGAAGACCAGUGAGGACUUCCACAGCAACGACCAGAAGUCCGCCAAGAAGUUCGAGCGAAAGAUGUGCCGCUUCUGGGCACAAUCAUUCCUCCUGGGCGUGCCCAAGAUUGUCAUUGGCUUCCGCAACAAGGACGGCUUCCUGCAACGACUUGAGGCAUGGGACACGCUGGACAUCCCAAACUUUGUCAAGCGGCAAGGUAUGCAGACUUGGGAUGGAAAUACCUGCAUCAACUUCGCGGCUGCCUUUCUCGACUUCCUCAAGCAGCAAAUAACCGGAGAAGGCACCUGGACCAUCGAGCGCAAGAAGGGUGCCAAUGAGAUCUUGUUGUCAAAAAUCAGUGACGAUUAUGACAAGAAGAUCGUGGGCCGAAGCUUCCGACAGCAUCGGGAAGAUUUCUCGUUCGAUGCAUCUUGA